AAAAUGGCUUCCAUUACUCUCAAACCCUUCACCGGAUUCCGUCAUCUCUCGCCGGAGAACUCCUCCAUCGCCACCCUCUCUAAUCCGCUCCCCAAAACCCACUCCCGUCGCAGGGUCCUCCGCAUAAAUGCAUCCAACAGCAGCCCGCGAGUCACCGGUCGGAAUCUUCGGGUCGCGGUCGUCGGUGGUGGCCCAGCCGGUGGCUCCGCCGCUGAAACGUUAGCCAGGGGCGGUGUAGAGACGUUCUUGAUUGAACGGAAGAUGGACAACUGCAAGCCUUGUGGUGGGGCCAUCCCACUCUGUAUGGUCGGUGAGUUUGACAUCCCGCUGGAUCUGAUUGACCGCCGAGUCACCAAAAUGAAGAUGAUUUCGCCGUCGAAUGUCGCCGUCGAUAUCGGCCGCACACUCAAGCCCCACGAGUAUAUCGGUAUGGUCCGCCGUGAGGUGCUCGACGCCUUCCUCCGCGAGCGGGCUGCCGCCGCCGGAGCCUCCGUGAUCAACGGCUUGUUUCUGAAAAUGGAUCUGCCGAAGUCAACGGCCGCCCCCUACGUCCUCCACUACUCUGCCUACGACUCCAAGGUCGGCGGCGCCGGCGAGAAGAAGACCCUGGAGGUCGAUGCGGUCAUCGGAGCCGACGGCGCGAACUCCCGAGUGGCGAAAUCCAUCGAUGCCGGCGACUACGAGUAUGCCAUCGCCUUCCAAGAACGGAUCCGCAUCUCCGACGACAAAAUGAAGUACUACGAGGACCUCGCCGAGAUGUACGUCGGCGACGACGUCUCCCCCGAUUUCUACGGCUGGGUCUUCCCCAAAUGCGACCACGUCGCCGUCGGCACCGGCACGGUGACCCACAAGCAGGACAUCAAGAAAUUCCAGCUGGCCACGCGCCAACGCGCGGAGUCCAAAAUCAGCGGCGGAAAGAUCAUCCGCGUGGAAGCCCACCCAAUCCCGGAACACCCGCGUCCUCGCCGGAUCCAGGACAGAGUCGCGCUCGUCGGCGACGCUGCCGGGUAUGUCACCAAGUGCUCCGGCGAGGGGAUCUACUUCGCGGCGAAGAGCGGGCGGAUGUGCGCGGAAGCAAUCGUGGAGGGAUCUAGCAGAGGGAAAAGAAUGGUGGAGGAAUCAGAUCUCAGAAAGUACUUGGAGAAAUGGGACAAGACUUACUGGCCCACGUACAAAGUGCUGGACAUCUUGCAGAAGGUGUUUUACCGGUCGAAUCCGGCGAGGGAGGCGUUCGUGGAGCUGUGCGCCGACGAGUAUGUGCAGAAGAUGACGUUUGAUAGCUAUCUGUACAAGAAGGUGGCGCCCGGAAACCCCAUUGAAGACUUGAAGCUUGCUGUAAAUACUAUUGGGAGUUUGGUCAGGGCCAAUGCCCUUAGGAGGGAGAUGAAGAAGCUUAGUGUGUAAGAUCAGUAAUGUUAUCAUUGUUAUGAUGCUAAGUAAUUAUGUAAUAUAAAUGGUUUUUGUGAUUGUGAUUUAAGAUUUCUGUUUGUGGUUACAUUUAAUUAAUUAAUACAAGUAAUAAAAGUGUGGAUGUACUUUAACACAGAACUCUUGUUGUCAGGCCGGCCUCACACGAACCUCCGUCCGGCUGAGCCCGUUUGGGCACCUUCCCGGUGGAUUUUUUUGAUAAAAUUUUUUGAGCAUGUUCCUAAUCAAGUCUAAUUUGUCCAUACCAAAUUUUAACUCAAAAUUCGAUCGGGAAGACAUUCAAAUCUUUUUUUGAAGUUGACUGCGGCAAAAUAUACAUAUAAAAACGCAGUCAACUUCAAAAAAAGAUUUGAAUGCCUUCCCAAUCGAAUUUUGAGCUGAAAUUUGGUAUGGACAAACUAGACUUGAUGAGGAACAUGAUCAAAAAAUUUCAUCAAAAAAUUCCACUGGGAAGAUCGCCAAAAGGGCUCGGCCAGACGGCUCUCCCGGUCAGGCCGGCCUGACAUGAUGAUUUCUCUACUCUAACAUUCAAUUUGCUGUCUGGUCUGAACUGGUCUGAUAAAUGUUUGGUCUCUAUGUAUUUUAUAACUACGGAAGUCUGGUCAGGUCUGAUCUGGAACAGAAAACAUCCUAAGUGGAUGAAUUUU